AUGGGUUUGGACCAGGACAAGAUAAAAAAGAGGCUAUCUCAAAUAGAGAUAGAUAUCAAUCAAAUGAAUCAAAUGAUUGACGAAAAUCUACAAUUAGUUGAUUCCGUAGAGGACGAAUCUGCCCACGAUGAUAUUAGGUUGACAGGUGUAACUGACACUCCAGAGAUGGCAGAUACCACGAUUUUUCUAACUAGUAAUAGUACUGUCCCAGUGGACGCCGCUCAACCUGAAGUCGAGCACGAGACUUCACCAGCCCAUAUUCCCAAUGAAAAUGGAACAAAUAAGAGUAUGGAAGCCCAGCAUCCACAUCCUCAAACUGUAACAGUCGAAGAGCAGAUGAACCACACGACCGUUGCUAUUGGUGAUUCCUACAAUGCAUUUAUUGCAAAUUCCACGGGAAAUGAACAGUUAAAGAAUACUCACACUGAAAUCAAGCUGGCUGAUACUACGAAUGUAAAUCAGAACGGAGUUGAUAUUGAAACUGUCAAAAAUAACGAUGAUGAAUGGGAAGACGAAAAAUUCGACGUGGGGGACGAGCGCACAGAUAAGGAAACGGAAGAGAAGAAUGGGACACCAUCUUUUGAACCCCCCAAUCGUCAAAAUAUCACCUUCGCAGGACACCGUAAGGCAGAUACUGAGCUAAUAUUAGACGAGUUUUCUUCCUGUAAUAAAGAUCAGGGAAUACACCCGCAAACAAUAUCCGUAGGGAGUAAUAACGAGGACGACUAUGAGAGCAAGCAUUUAGCUGACCAAACUACCGAUACUUCGGAGGUUUUAUCCAGUCCUUCCGGAAGGAGCACGCCUCUGGAUUCCCAAACUAAAAUUUUCAUCCCCAAGAAGAAUUCCAAAGAGGAUGAUACAGAUGCGAGUGGCUUUAAUACGAAUAGUUACGAACAAAAAAAAGUACCAAAUUCCGGGAAACGACGUACAACAAACCCAUUCAGAGUUAUCUCAGUGAGUAACAAUUCGAAUUCGAGAGGCGGGAGCCGCAAGUCUUCUCUAAACAAGUAUGAUUCGCCCGUGUCUUCCCCCAUCACAUCUGCGUCUGAGUUAGGCAAUGCUGCUAAGCUGGAAAAAAGACACGAUUAUUUAGCUAUGAAAUGUAUUAAGUUGCAAAAGGAAAUUGACUAUCUGAACAAGAUGAAUGCACAGGGUUCGCUCUCUAUGGAAGACGGCAAGAGGUUACACAGAGCUGUGGUAAAGCUUCAAGAAUAUCUUGAUAAGAAAACGAAGGAGAAAUAUGAAGUUGGCGUGCUAUUAAGCAGACAACUGAGAAAGCAGAUUGAUCGUGGAGAAAAUGGCCAAUUCUGGAUUGGUACGAAAUGA